CGCGGAAGUACUGACGUGUUCACACCAGUUUGCACGAGAAGUGGCUAGUUUAGCUAGCUAGGUAGAGCCGGGUAGUGACACAGCGGCCGUAUCAGAAUGUCAGAAGGGGACAGUGUCGGGGAGUCAAUCCAUGGGAAACCAUCUGUAGUCGCUGCCUUUUUCACACGGAUUGGACAGGUCUAUCAGUCAUGGCUAGACAAGUCAACGCCGUUCUAUGCAGUGCGAUGGGCAGCUACUCUACUACUUACAGCUGUCUACAUGAUCAGAGUGUACAUACUACAGGGCUGGUAUAUAGUAACAUAUGCUUUGGGAAUCUACCAUCUCAACCUGUUCAUUGCUUUUCUAUCGCCAAAAGUGGAUCCUUCACUGCUUGACGAAGAUGAGGGCCCAUCCCUUCCUACCAAGCAGAACGAGGAGUUCCGCCCUUUCAUCAGGAGGUUGCCUGAAUUCAAAUUCUGGCAUUCGGCGACAAAAGGCAUCGUCAUCGCCAUGAUUUGCACAUUUUUUGAAGCCUUCAACGUGCCAGUGUUCUGGCCUAUUCUUGUAAUGUACUUCAUCAUGCUCUUCUGCAUCACCAUGAAGAGGCAGAUCAAGCAUAUGGUCAAGUACAGAUACUUACCCUUCACACAUGGGAAGAGGACAUACAAAGGCAAGGAAGACACAGGGAAAACUUUUGCUAGUUAAAAUCUCCUACUCAACCUCCCCCUCCUUCUCAUUUUAAAUUUAUCAGUCACAGCUAGUGGGGAAUGGCAAGGGUCAGAGAUUCUUUUUUCUUUUUUUUUUUUGUAAGCGGGACAGUAACAUGAAAACAUAUAAAUAAAAAUACGACUUUUGAUCCGUGGUUCAGUGUUGGAUGAGGCUAUGAGCAGCAUGGAUCAAAGUCUGGGAAUAUUGCCUUUGUCUAUUGGGGUAGGAUUUUUUUUUUUCGUGAGGACCAGAUCCUCAUUUUUUAGGAUUGGUCUGCAUUUGUUCAGUAGUAGGUCAGACUCAGAGCUGCCUUUUGCCUUUUUAACCCCAUGGGGUAAGUAUAAAGUCACCAAGAAGGAACCACACUGAAAAGAAGCUGCAGUGAAAUUUGUGUUUUGUUUUGUUUUUUUUUCCUUCAAUGAUGGUGAUUCCAGUACAUCUUCUCCCGAGUGAAAUAAAUCUGCCAACAUUUGAUUAAUAUAUUGGUACCUACUUAUUUGUAACAAGUUAUAUAUUGAAAGUUAGUAGUGUUAGUUAAAAAAUAACAUGAUUAGAUGUGUAAGAUGAAAUCUGAAGGAAACGCAACAGUCUCCAAGUUGAAUAAUUUCAUCUUUUGUGAUAAAAGUGUGCAGCUGCUCUGGCUUACAAGUGUCUCGGCCAAUUGUCCUCUGUACUACAUGCAGACACGUUGGAUAAAUUAGUCACAUUUCACUUGAAUAUGCAUUCAUGACAGGCAGAAAUCAUAAUUCUUCCCUUGAAGUGAUUACACUCUGCACAAUUGAUGUUUAUCUUGGAUUGGCAACUGAUGUAAUUCUGUGUAUUAAUUUGUUCGCGCUAGCCAGCGAAGCAAGCGUCAGUAUGGAUGAUUAUCUUGACUUUAAUCUUGAGCCACCCACCACAUCAGUGAAUGCAUAAUUCAAAGCAAGUGUCACUAAUCCCAGCCCAUUUAGUCUCCUGUAGCCUGUAGUCUGCCUUUUUAAAUCCGUUCUACUUUAGCGCCUUUGUAGAACUUAACAGAUGGGAUACUGUGUCAUUGAGCACCCCUCUAAUCCAAAUUUAUUUAGCAUUAUUUUAGGGGAAAUUUUGCUUGAAAUGGCAAGUCAGUGAAUUCAUUUCAGAUUAAAAAUAUACACUUUGUCUUCAAAGUUCACAACCAGUAUUCAAGUCCAAUUCAUAAGAAGGUCUAAUGUGAGAUAAGAGACAAUUACACAUUUAUCCCGACGAUCCUUUUCACUUUGAAACAUUUACCCAUCUGGAUUUCAAAGCCUGGGGUCCAUUCGAUUUAUGUAGACUAGCUGUUGUAGUACUUCAUUAAUCUGUGUUUACUUUGAAAAACAUUACAGUAAAUAUAGUCAUUCCAAGCAAACUUUUGUUCUCUUUCUUUUGCAGAGGAAACAUAAGAAAACAGAGAUUGAGAGCUUUUAUUAUAACAAAUGGAUGAAGUGGGUGGCGAUCACACUUUCUUUUCUAUAAACCUGUUGAUUUUUUUUUUUUCCUCUCCAUUUUUAUCAGAUUGCUGGGGAUUUAUCUGUCAUUACUAAACUUUGAUUAGCACUGUAGUAAGGGAUCAAAACAUUUUCCUGUAAAAAGGUUGUCUGGAGGAUUUGUAUAUAUAUAUAUUUUAAGAUAUGAAUUUUUUUUGAGAUUAUUUUUAUUUUUGUUUUGUUUUUUUCUUUUCUUCUUCCAACCACCAUACUGUUUCCAAGUGUUUAAAUCCAUUUCAGUUGAAAUCAAUGAAAGCAGAACUGGUUAAUUGGGUUCUAGAUUUGAUGAAUUAAAUAUGUUUCUCAUGGAUUGCAUGUUAUUGUUUUCUUGUGCUACAGUUAAACAAAAACUUGAUUUUAAUAACUUAAGUGUAAUUUUUUCACUCCAAAUGCUAUUAAAGAGGCUGUGUCCCUUCAAACAGUA